UUGCGAAAUGACGCUAUACCUUGCGUUUCUGGCGACGCUGAUAAUCAGUUUUGCGAAUUGCAAACACAAUAACAAAAAUCAGGUACAAUUUGGCACAUAUGGCAGUAAUCGCAGCGAGGAUCGGAGGAUUGGAUUGGACACAUUUCCUUGGGUGGUAGCUGUGCUCGACCACGGGGAUUGGCUGUUUCGCUAUAUAGGAACGGGAUCUCUGAUAAGGCCCAAUGUGGUCCUUACUGCCGCUCACAUACUGAACGACACCGCCGAAAAUGAUCUGGUGGUGCGAGCUGGCGAAUGGGAUAUUUCGACUACGAGUGACCAGCAGCAUGUGGAUCUCGAGGUCCUGAAAAUAGUCUACCAUGAGCAGUUCAACAGAUUCAAUGCAGAAAACAACAUUGCGUUGCUCAUUCUGACAUCCAAAUUUAAGCUGACAACCAACAUUAAUAUCAUCCCAUUGUACCGGGGAGAAGCCAACAUGGAAAUCUGCUUCUUCAACGGCUGGGGAAAAGUUUAUUUGAACUCGACGGACUAUCCCACCAUUCUCAAAACGGUCCAUGUCAAUAUAUUGAGCACUGAUGUGUGUAGAAGGCGGCUGGGAAGAAAUCGGUUUAGCCAAAUCUGUGGGGAAAGUCUGGAAGAAAUAGAUGACAGUGGCGACGGCGGUGCUCCUGUGGUUUGUCAAAUGUUUUCAUAUACUGCCAAUCCACCGAGGUACGCACAGGUGGCUAUUGUCAACCGGUUGACUCAUAAGCCUGGCGAUAAUACACCCACUAUCUAUACGAAUGUACUUGGUCUGAAUAAUUGGAUUAAUUACCAGCUACGACUAAACUCGAAUUUCCGUUCCAGAAAUUGAAAAAUGGGCAGGCAG